UUUUUAAAUUUAUUUUCACACACUUCGUUCGAAAUCGACAAACAGACCAUGGCAGAGCAGAAUUGUUGGCGUGUUCAUGAAGCCAUCGUAGAGCUUCAACAGGUUCUGGGCAAUGUGCAUCCGUCGACCCUAAACCAUCAAGCGGAGAGCUCCGUCGGCGGCAACACAACCAGCAACAGCAACAACAAGUCCGUGAUUCGAGCCAAUGUGGUUCGCCGGUGCUUGCGAAAGCUAGAUCUCGAGAUGGAUAAAAUUGCCCUCGCCAUGGAACAACAGCAACAGUACAACGAAAACGAAAACGAAAACGAUGAGACAUCCGAGUCGGAACUGCAAUUGCCAGACCGUCACGACCUUUUGUGGAUCAUGACAGAGUUGGAUUUGCGUCGACUCGUGUCGGUAGAAAGCCAAUGCGACGAAUACAUGCGCAGUACUAGCCUCAAAGUCUGCGAAAAAGCCAAGCAAUUCCUUGAUCAACAACAGCUAGAAGAGGGCGUCCUUGGCAGUGAAGAGGCAUGCCAAGUCAUCAAUGCGCUCCUCAGACUGCUCAAUCGUGGUCGUCAAAAGGGAGUGACCUUCUUCAACAACCACAAAGACGACAUUGAGCAUACUGGGAUGCUUCUUGCUCUCUUUAACGCGGCUCUCUGUCACGCGGAAGACCAGCAAAGGCAACAAGAAGAUCAAGAAUGGAAUGGAGGUGGGGACGACGAGGAACAAGCGAAUCCCGCAUGGAGCGACGACGAGGCCGAAGAAGAAGAAGAGGACGACGACGACAGGUCGAGCAGCUUGGAUUUGCAUUAUAUUGGCAGCAGUAGCAGCAACAGUAGUAACAGCAACCAACAGCAGAAUGACAGUCAGAGUCAGGGCAGCAGCGUCGUCGGGCUUCAAGCAAAACACAGUGACACUCAAGAAUCCCAUCAGCACGAUCACAACGGCACCAAUGCCGACGAUGAGCAGCACGAUCAGGAGAACGACACUGAGUCGAUGGCUUCCAAGAAACAGAGCUGUUUUGAAGUGGUUCUGGGUGGCGAGUUCGAACUGGUCGAGUUCUUGGGACUCUUUCUGGCCCUUGCUCGCGAUUGUCUACGGGAUCAAGAUGGCAGUUUUUCUCCCUUCGCCAAACGUCCAGAUCUCUAUUGUCUAGAGCCAGAGAGCUUGCACUUGAAUGCAUGGAUGAUUGCGGAUUUUCUGCUCAAACAUGUUCGGGAUUCCAUGAAAGCCAAGGACUGUUGCACCGUGUUUGGAUUCUUGCGGUCAGUCCUCCGCUGCAACUUGGAGUCUGACGACGAGGACGAUGAAUGCUACGAUGACUACGACGAUGCCGCAUACGCAGAGGAGGUCUCCGAUCUCGUUGAUAUGUACUCCGACGAGCUCCUCAAGUCUGCUUCUGCCUUUGUGAUUGCAGCAACGACCAUCCUCCAAAGGCCCCCGACAAUUCCACGCCACAACGAUGGAAACAGCUCGACGAAAGUUGGCGAGAGUGCCAGCAGCAGUGUCAGCAUUGGAGGUGGCUCUUGUGAUACGCCUUCGACGCUUUCGGACCCCUUGUCUCAAUCUUCGUCUCUCGCCUCGAACGAGACUCAAAUCACGGAAUCUGAGAACGAGAUCCUGGAACCUUUCAACCGCAACGCCUCUCACACUCUGGCGAAACUGGCAAACUUUGUUGGAUUUGUCGACACGGCUCUUCAAGUCAGCCGAGAAGGUUCUGAUCCUGUCAAUGUGGAUUCUCUUCGGUCUCUUUGGAAGGAGUUCAUAAAGGCGUUCCUCGGUGCCAAGGACUCCCUAGAGGCAAUCAAAUCCCAAUUGACCGAAGAGGCAGAUAUGGCUAGCACCGAUGCCUUGCUUCGCCUGGGCCAACAUGCCUUGGCCAACAUGCAACAGCAAACAACGAACGUUGACGACAUGGGGAUGUCAUCAGAAUGGGAACCGGCUUUGCAGCAUGCACUUUGCAUCUCACUGCUCGGUGCGGUGGACUUUCCUCAGUUGUUGCUCGAGAACGACGAGCAGUUCCUGUCUACCAUCGAGUACGUGUCUGCUCGCAAUGCCGAGGUACGGCACCUGAUCCAGGGAGUAGUGUUGCGGGGGCUCGUCCUCCCCACCAAAGGGGGUGCUCGUCAUCCGAUCGCCAUGGAGCUCGUGCUGGAGAAGCUGGUGAACAUUGGCAAAACGUCGGAGGCCACCACAGCUGACGUUGAUUACUGGGACCAAUUCUUUUGUGAACAAGUUGCCCAGCUACAGAGAACAAGUCGUCCGGCUGUUUCCACUGCAGUUUUGGAGUAUUAGUCGGUUCUACAUGAAUGCACCCCCACCUCAACUCAAACUGGUGUCCCUCCCGAACUCGCUGUGUCAGAGGUCUGGCUUCUAAGAGUCGCAAUGUGGAAAUGAAAUCUCUUGCCGUGUCAACACCCGUGCUGAAGCUGCACUUGGUGCUAGUAUAGUUUUGUGACCUAUAAUAUUGCAGUUUUCUUUUG